AUGGCAGUAGCGUUCAUCCCCCUUGACAAGGCAUACCUUACUGCCAUCUGGCUUGAAACGCUCCUGUAUGGCAUCAACGUGUGCCUGUUCUGCUCAUACGUCUACAUCCUGCGGUUCCGACGAGCGAGGAAGAUCACACCCAUCGUCUUCUGGGUUGCAGUAUUUAUGUUCUGUUUCUCAACUAUACACGUCUCCCUUGGGUUCUGUCGACUGAUAUGGGGAUUCAUCGAUUUACGCAACCAACCUGGGGGUCCCGGCGCGUACUUCUCAGACGUCUCCACGCCGCCCAACGUCGCGAAAGUCACUAUCCACUCUGUCAACUCUAUCCUCGGUGACAGUAUUGUCGUAUGGCGAUGCUGGCAUGUGUGGGGAGGAGAGUGGAAAGUGUGUGUCCUCCCGAUCCUUCUCAUUAUUGCCUCAGCGGUUUGUGGCUUCAGUCAAGCGGUCAUCUUUGCAGAGGCGAAGACAGUGCACAGCGCCUUUGCUAACGAACUGGAGCGUUGGAACGGAUCGCUGUUCUCGUUAUCCCUCGUAACCAAUGUGGUUGUCACCACGCUCAUCGCUGCAAGAAUUUGGUUCAUCACCCGCGAGAGCGGCGGCAGCCUCAUCAACUCGCAGUUCCGCUACACGAAGGUGCUCGUUCUGAUCAUCGAGUCCGCCAUGGUGUACAGUGCGGCGCUUGUCAUCGAGAUCACUCUCUACUUCUGCGGCAGCAAUGCGUUCUACAUCGUGUACGACCCCAUCGCGCAGCUCACCGGCAUUGUACCGACGACAAUCAUCGUCAUGUCCGUGCUCGGCCUCUCGGCGGUCGACUUCGAGACGAACGCGGCGACCCGCCGCGAGCGCCGGACAAUGCAGAUGUCGACAAUGCACUUCGAGAAUGGGAAGACGACUGUGAUGUCCCUACCUGGAUUGGGCACGGACAACACCACGUCCGGAGGGUCCUACCCCACCACUAAUGACUCGACCUUGGCGAUAGGGAAGGAAUCGAGCCAAAUGAAGCUGCCGGAGGUCGUUGAGUCUCGAGUAUGAUAGUCGCCCAGUGCGUGAUGUGUCUUGUAGACUAUUUUGGACGCUUGUAUUAGUUCUUUUAUACCACGUAUUAUCAUAUUUAAUAAUAUGUCAG